GUCCAUCUUUGGCUGUUUUGCAUGCUUUUAGUUGAAGAAGAAUUUCGGCGUGGUGUAUAGCCGGUUAAAGAUUAGGGACGAAAUUAUUAUCGAUAAUUGUAGUAACGCUUUUUGUACUUGCCAAUAUUUCUCGCUCAAUAGCUUUAGAUUCGUGUGAUAUUGGAAACCGUGAAAAACAUCCAACAUGAGUACGGACAGCAUCGAGAAGUUGUACAAAAACUUUGGGAUUCUCGCUGAUGCCAAAGAUAAACUCGUUGAGCACGAGAAAGAAUAUUUGGAAAUAUUAACAGCAGUCAAGGGUUCUGCUAAAGAAAAGCGAUUGGCAUCGCAAUUUAUUGCUAGAUUCUUCAAACAUUUUCCUAAGCUAGCCGACCAAGCUAUUGACGCUCAUUUAGAUCUCUGCGAAGAUGAAGAUAUGGCUAUACGGAAACAAGCUAUCAAGGAUUUGCCAUCAUUGUGCAAGGAUAAUAAAGAGCACACACCAAGAAUUGCAGAUAUCUUAGCCCAACUAUUGCAAGCUCAGGAUGUAGCGGAACUCGAUGUAGUUCACAACAGUAUUAUGACGCUCAUAAAGAACGAUCCAAAAGGAGCGUUAAGUGGUUUCUUUAGCCAGAUUCUUAACGGUGACGACGCGACUCGAGAACGCUGUAUCAAAUUUUUGGCUACCAAACUCAAAGCCAUAGGUCACAGCGUCAUCGCAAAGGAUUCGGAAGAUUUAUUGAUUGCAGAAUGCAAAAAAGUAUUGCAGGAUGUUACCGCUAGUGAAUUUCAUAGCAUCAUGGAUGUGCUCGCAUGGACAAAAUUGGGAUCUACAGUCAAAGGACAACAAGAAUUAAUAGAUAUUACGAUAGAGCAGGCAGAACUCAGUGUGCCCUUUAAACACACGAAUUUGGAACAGUGCAGCAGAAUUGUUGAAUGUAUAAAACACGCGCUUCCUUUCUUUAGCUCUCAAAUCGAUUCAGCGAAGUACGUUUCGUAUCUGUGCGUGCAAGUUCUACCACAUUUGUCACUAAUUUCAUCUUUGGAGGGUAGAGACACUCAACUGGAGAUUCUAAAAUUGUUAGCUGAGCUCUCAGAAUUUUGCGGUAAUCUCGAAAAACCAGAAGAAAAAGUGCAACAGCUCUAUAAUGCUCUAAUUACCUUUAUGCCACUUCCUCCCGACUCGGAGAUAACUGAAGUUCCAAAACUCCAGUUUAGUCACGUGGAGUGUUUGAUGUACGCUUUCCACAAAAUUUGCAAGCAAACGCCAGAAUUUCUGAUUAAGGAUCCGGACCAGUUGAAAGAGUUUAGGCUAAGGUUACAAUACUUUGCGCGCGGUAUUCAAGGUUAUAUAAAGAAACUUCGUGAAGCCAUCACCGGGAAGUCAGAAGAAGACUUGAAAAGUGAAGAAAAUCAGUUGAAGGUAGUUGCGCUGAAGACAACGAAUAACAUCAACACAUUGAUUAAGGACCUGUUUCACUCACCGCCCAGCUUCAAGAGUGCGGUGGAAUUAUCAUGGAAAACGCUUAUAAACUCUAAGAAGAGCGAUACAGUAAAGUCUGGGCAAAAGCGACACACGCCAAUUACUUUCGGAAAUGGUAGCAGUCCGAAUAAACGUAAUAAGGAUGACGGGAAAACUAACAAACGGGAAUUGUAUACACCUCCCAGUGGAAAAUACAGUUCAAACAUCUCUUCAAACUACGGAAACCGAGGACGAUUUCGUGGAAACAAACCAGGAGGACGAGGCGGAUUUAGGCAAAGAGGAGGUCGCGGUGGUUGGCGAAAUAAGCCAUAUUAAUCUUCUAUCCGAUUCUUAUGUGCGUUGCGUAACGUGCAGUUUUUGCGAAGAGACCUGUAAAAUAUUUAAACUCAUAAGAGACGUCGAUGACUUAACUGCCACCGCAAGUGGCAUCGAACUUUUUUUUAUAUACAAAAGACGCAAUGAUAAUGAUAAAAGCAAUCUGAAGUUCUUUUGAUAGUUCCGAGAGUUUGUUCCAACUUCCAACAUAUACGGCAGAACUUGAGAGUCAGCGAGACGUUCGUAUUCUUAAUAUAAAAUUUGCGCCGGAGACAAAACUUCAACGGGUUGCCGUAAAGAGAUUUCGAAAAUUAAGACAGGCAAUAAGUAAAGAGAAGAUUUCGAAAAGUUAAGAAACGUGCCGAAAGUGAGAAAGUGAACAAACUGUAAAAACCAAACUACCGCUAACAGUGUUAUUUCGCCUCGCGUGAGAAAGCCUGCCGCGCCGUUUUGGAGAAUUAUCGGUCAAAGAAGAGAAGACCAGAAAAAUCAUCGUUGCGCCGAUUCCAGUAUCCUCAUUCCUCCAAAAAAUUCCGAAUACUCCCUUUCUUUGACCUACUAAUUUUUCUCUACAUAAGCCUUGGCUGAUUCGGGAAGCAGAGUUUCGUCUGUUUUUCAAAGAAACCUUUUCAUUUUAGUUGUUACCGCAAUACGAGAACGAUACCAAAGCGAAGAAGAUACUCCAAAUUCUUAUAAGGGACUCAAGUUCCAGAUUUUUCCGUUCCCCAAAUGGAAUGAUGUUUCAUUGUUUUUUAUUUUUUUACUCAUUUAAAAAUUUAAUAAAAGUUUCCGAGUUCUUUUUUAAUUAUCUCAGGUUGCAGACCAAAUUAGUUUCUUUGAUUAGCGAAAUCUGCAGCAAAUGAUGGAAAUCUUUAAACUAUUUUCCUUUGUAGGUUGCUGAAUACGUAAAAAGUGCGAAGGUAUUGACUCAAGAGCGAGUCGCCAAUUCUGGGAGCUUAAACAGAAAUUGAAGAUUGGAGACGUCUUUAAAUUUGAAAGUUUUUCUUUAUACAAAAACGAAUUUAAAGUCUUCGAAAUUGAUGUGCUUCUUUAAUGAGAAAGUUAUUUGAAUUUAAAGGCAUUUCAAUUACUUUUUUUAAAUUGGACUUCGGGAACUUUGUUUAGUUUUCAACAUUUAAAAGGCAUCUCGAAUUUAAAUGCAUUAGAAUUUGAGUACAUUUAAGUUUUAAAAUAACAAAGUUUCUUUUUCAGGUUCGGUGGUCAAUGAAGGCGAGUGGAGGAAUCUAGGAAUUCCAGACAUAAAUUCUUUUUUGUUUCAGAUUCUAAUUUAAAAGAACGAAUUUUACAGGCUGGAAGUCUUGGGCGUGCAUUUUUUUCUUAGGUGGAGAAUCAAAGAGGUUGUUUUCAAUAUGUAAAUCUUUUUCCUUUUUUGUUUCUACCCCUUCGUGGUACCCGCUUCUUCAGGUGAGUUUAAUAUUAUUCUAAAAACUCCUUUUCCCGCCCUUAC